AUGGUACAAUCAUUCAAGGAAGCAAUGAUGAAAGGAUAUGAGAUGACAGAUCUUGGAUUGAUGAGGUAUUUUCUUGGAAUUCAAGUGAAGCAAACAAAGAGCGAGAUUUUUAUCGCGCAAGAAAAAUACAUUCAUGAUUUGCUUAAAAAAUUCAGAUUGGAGAGUUGCAAACCAGUCUCAACCCCCAUGGCAUUGAAUGAAAAAUUGCAGCCGAAUGAUGGUGCAGAAAAGUCAAAUCCAAAAGUCUAUAGAAGCCUUGUUGGUUCCUUGAUUUAUCUCACAAAUACAAGGCCAGACAUAGUACAUUCGGUUAGUUUGGUUACUAGAUUUAUGAAUGAACCGAGUAAGCUUCAUUUUGCAGCAGCAAAGAGGAUUUUGCGCUAUCUCCAAGGCACCAAGAAGCUUGGAAUCAAGUAUGUGAAGGAAGAAAAUAACAAAUUAGUUGGCUACACUGAUAGUGAUUGGGCUGAUAGUUUUAAUGAUAGAAAAAGUACUUCAGCCUAUGUUUUUUGUCUAGGAUCCAACGCUAUUUCAUGGAGUUCUAAAAAGCAAAACUCAGUUGCUCUGUCUUCAGCAGAGGCUGAAUAUAUCUCAGCGAAUGAAGCUACAGGCGAAGCUGUUUGGUUGAGAAGAAUUUUGAUUGACUUGCAGCAAAAGGUAGAAGAUUCAACUCCUAUUUUCUGUGAUAACCAAUAA